CAUUUCGUUUUUUUGAAAAGAGUACGGCGCCUGUAAAUAAAUCGCUUACAACGGAUAUAUAAUAUAUUUGUUACGCUUUUAAUUCUUAAACAGUUUUAAGGGACGAUAGCACAAACGAGAGGGCCCAAAAAAUAUACAACUUAUUGAGCGGAAAUGUCACCAUUUUGUGCUGCACCUACUGUCGCCAUGUUCAAAACGGCGAAGCUUUAUUGUGCGUCCAGGAUUUGUCCAGCAAUGCUUUUUAAAUAAAGAAACGGCUUGUUUGAAUAAUUCCAGGCAAACAACAUGAUUGAGCUUCCCAACUACAGCAGCCAGCUGAUGCAGCAGCUGUGGGCUCUGAGGACGGAAGACCACUUUUGUGACUGCACUAUUCUUGUAGGAGGCAACCCUCACCGUGCACAUAAACUGCUGCUGGCUGCUUCCAGUAUGCUCUUCAGGUCACUGCUGCAGAGUUCUGACACAGUCUCCAUUGACACAGCGUUGGUCUCCUCGCAGGAGUUUGACUGCCUGCUGGACAUGGUCUACACGGGCAAGCUGCCUCUCGGCAAGCACAACGUGAGCCGGAUCAUCGCAGCCGCAGACAGCCUGCAGAUGUUUGACGUGGCUGUGAGCUUUAAGAACGUCCUCACCAACAUCAUCAACCACCAGCCGUCGCCCUCCUCCACCUCCCUGACCUCCACACACAUCACUACCUUGCCCUCAACCAACAAACUCCAAAGUGAGAAUUCAAACAGUCCAAAUCCCGACGCUGCAGCUUCACCGUGUUCGGAUGCGUCAGUUGAAGGUGCGAUGAAAACAACGGAGAAAAAUGACAGUGGAGAGGAGCCCCCAUGUAAAAAAGUCUGCCAAGAGCUUUCAGAACCCUCGGCGUCUGAAGAAAGUGUUGCACCAGCAAGUGCAGACGAGGUGUCCACCAAGUCUACGCCUGCUUGUUUGCAGUUGAUGGAGCUCCUCGCUAACAUGCCAGAUGUUGUCCAGCUGCUAAGCCAAGCAGCUCACAGCUGUCUGGAUGAAGAGGAGAGACAGCUUGUGAAAGAGUCAUGUGACCUUUCGGAUGCCAAAUCAGCGGUGAAGAAGUUGAUGAGCGACGUGGAGAAGGGACUAAUCGGCGAGCCCGCUCUCCUAAGGCUGCUGCUCUGUGUCCAGCAGAAAGCUCCGUCCUCCUUCCCUGUAAAGCUGCUCUCUCAGCUACAGGACUUAGACAAAACUGCUCAUGGGCCAGACAAACACCAGAUUGAAGCCAAGGAGAACAGCACAAGUGACAUGAAGACUCCUGACGAGGAAGAAGAAGACACCUCCGCUCUAUCUUCCAAGUCGUACUGCUGUCACUGGUGCAAGAAGACUUUUGCCUACAAGUGUCGACUGCUGGCCCACAAGAAGCGUUGCACCAAGUCUGGGGACGCCCAGCUGCAGUGUCCACAUUGUCCCGACAAGAUGGCCAACCAGCGCGCUCUACAGCGCCACCUAACUGACGCUCACCCCAACAGUGACGGAGCCAAGAAGAAGAAGAAGACAAGUUGUGACCUCUGUGAACGGACCUUUGCGCACCCAUCAGGUAUGAUUUACCACAGGCGGACGGAGCACUUUGACGAGAAGCCGUUUGCUUGCAAGACAUGCGGUGCCAGGUUUUCCGCCACCUCGUCACUGAAAAAUCACAUGCGGCUGCACACGGGAGAGAAACCAUACCGCUGUAAACACUGCGACAUGAGCUUCAGCGUGACGGCGGCACUGUCGUAUCACACCAAGAAAAAACACUCCGAGGGCAAGAUGUACGUGUGUCAGUAUUGCAAGGCUGUCUUUGCCCAGUCCAUCGAGCUGUCGCGACACGUGCGAACACACACUGGGGAUCGCCCAUACGUGUGUCGGGAAUGUGGUAAAGGUUACAUUCAGGCCAGUGGAUUGACUGCACACCUGCAGACUUUUCAUAACAUGCAGCAUCCUCUGGACUGUCUAAAGUGCUGCCUCAGCUUCCAGACUUUAGAGGAGCACCAGAAGCACGUAGAGGAAUUCCACGUGAAGGAUUUCCACAAGUGUUCCACCUGCAACAAGGUGCUCACCAGCACCGUCCUGCUGGAAAAACACAAGACUCUACACACGGGAAUCAAACCCUUCACCUGCAACCUGUGCAACAAGUCUUAUCAGCAACUGUCUGGGCUGUGGUACCACAACAGAACCAAUCACCCUGACGUAUAUACCAGCCAAACGCGACAGCUGAAGACUCUGGUCCAGUGUGAGACCUGUUUCCGAUUCUUCCCCAGUUCCGCCAGCUUGGCCAAACACACACAAAGUGAACAUGAAGGUCUCGCAGCAUCUUCCGUACACUGCCCGCAUUGUCAAAUUGUGUUUGGCGAGCAUGAUGAGUUGCAGGAACAUAUCAACUCCCAGCACACCAAAGGUGUCAAUCGAUGGAUCUGUCCACUGUGCAACCUUGUUAGCGCCUCACACUCGCAGCUGCAGGAGCACCUGUCUUCUCACAUGGACGCACAGCAAGAAAGCAAGGAGGAGCAAACUGCUACAACACACAAGGCAACAUCUGAAGAGCAGGCAGCAGGUGACGGCUCCGCUGAGCACCCUCAGCUAGCUGUCACCCAACAGGUGUUUGUGGCUGUAGACAACCCAGCAGAGGUGGUGGAGGUCAACAUGUUUGACCUCCUGAACAAUUCCGUCACCUUCAUCUGUGAAGACAAAGCACCCGAAACAUCGUAGAUCAUAGCAGCCUUUUGUCAGGAAACUCCUUGCAACAUUUAUUAUAUUUAUGGAUUUGCCCCCUCAGCAAAUAUUCUUCAAAGCAAGAAAACUAAGACUACGUUUACACUGCAGGCCAAAAUAGAUUUAAAAAAAAAAAAAAAAAAGAUCUGAUUGGCAACACUAAAUGUGUGAAUGUUGUCUGUCUGAGGGUGUACCCUGCCUUCAGCCAGAAUGCAGCUGGGAUAGGCUCCAGCACCCCCUGCAACCUCCAGAGGGACAAGCGGUAGAAAACGGAUGAUUUUUCCAGUUGUCUGUUUACACUUCAAGUAAAAUGUGAUCUUUAUCAGACUGUAAACUGUCACAGGCCCCAAUGUGGCCUCGACGUCACUUGCAUGCGCAGUUGGAUAAAGUGAAAACAAAGGACGUUGACCAGAUUCCCUAAAUGAACAAGGAAGUCGCUACUACUUUUCUACCUUCAAAAUAAUUGGGUUUUUUUCGUGAAAAUAAAUAAAAGCAAUAUAAUGUAUGAAUGGAUAUACAAACUGUAAUAUAUUUGGGAGGGGUCUAAUCUUUUUAUGGCUGUUAAGUAGAGACAACACGGACAUCAUCAGUGUGGAUCUACGUGAGCUUUAUGUUUCAACUCACUUAAACAACUAACGCAAUGUACGUAACAUGUAAGCAAAUACGUCACAGCAUCGAUUCCUUUAACGAUCGCUAUUUAUUCGGCAUCAAAAAAUACUUUGCUCACCGAAACCGGAUGUUGUGAUGAAGUAUCCACUUCCGCGAGAAGGCUCUCACUGUGGCCGCAGACGGUACUCUAAGUCGCUUCUUCAAGGCUGACGACAACAAAAGUGAACAGCGUUUUAAAGAGGUGCCCACAGUGGCGCUGACAAGGCGAGAGUGGACACUUGGUUUGUCACAUGAUCCAAGGUGGCUAAUGUAACACACUAGAGAUGUCCGAUAAUGGCUUUUUUGCCGAUUUCCGAUAUUGUCCAACUCUUAAUUACCGAUUCCGAUAUCAACCGAUACUGAUAUAUACAGUCGUGGAAUUAACACAUUAUUAUACCUAAUUUUGUUGUGAUGCCCCGCUGGAUGCAUUAAACAAUGUAACAAAGUUUUCCAAAAUAAAUCAACUCAAGUUAUGGAAAAAAAUGCCAACAUGGCACUGCCAUAUUUAUUAUUGAAGUCACAAAGUGCAUUAUUUUUUUUUAACAUGCCUCAAAACAGCAGCCUGGAAUUUGGGACAUGCUCUCCCUGAGAGAGCAUGAGGAGGUUGAGGUGGGGGGUAGGGGGUAGCGGGGGAUGUAUAUUGUAGCGUCCCGGAAGAGUUAGUGCUGCAAGGGGUUCUGGGUAUUUGUUCUGUUGUGUUACAGUGCGGAUGUUCUCCCGAAAUGUUUGUCAUUCUUGUUUGGUGUGGGUUCACUGUGUGGCGCAUAUUUGUAACAGUGUUAUAGUUGUUUAUACGGCCACUCUGUGUGACCUGUAUGGCUGUUGACCAAGUAUGCUUGCAUUCACUUGUGUGUGUGAAAAGCCGUAGAUAUUAUGUGAUUGGGCCUUCACGUAAAGACAGCGCCUUCAAGGUUUAUUGGCGCUCUGUUCUUCUCCCUACGUCUGUGUACACAGCGGCAUUUUAAAAAGUCAUAAAUUUUACUUUUUGAAACCGAUACCGAUAAUUUUGGAACCGAUUCCGAUAAUUUCCCAUAUUACAUUUUAAAGCAUUUAUCGGCCGAUAAUAUCAGCAGUCCGAUUUUAUCGGACAUCUCUAUAACGCAGCGUUGGUUGUUGAAUGUAUUGCUUUUUCCAGCUGCACUUCCAUUGUCGUCACCCCUGUGGGCACGUCUUUAAGUGGACUCCACUUCGAUUGGGCACAACUUUUAGACUUAAAGCUUGUGGGACUUCGAGUAGUUCUGCGCGGCCGUAGCUACACCUACCUGACUUCCACUUGCGGGCUGCGUCUUUCUCUGCGCGCACAAAUGAGUAGAUCGCUCAAAGUUGACGAAAAAGUGUCACAUUUGAAAAGAUCAGAUUCGGACGGCCUCAAAGUCAAUCACUCGAAAGUUUACUCGCAUAGCCCUUAAUCACAAAUGUCUCAAAGGGCUGCACAAGCCACAACGACAUCCUCUGCUCAGCUACCACAUCAGGGCAAGAAAAAAACUCAACCCAAUGGGAACAAUGAGAAACCUUGGAAGGGACCGCAGAUGUGAGGUUCCGACUUGGAACAGCUAGCGCAACCUCCGUUGGGGCUGAUCUGUGGUCAGCUGAUAACCUCUCCACGCAGGAUUGGGGGGGCAGAGCAGAAAAGAGAGACAACAGAUCAACUGGUCUAAAAAGGGGUCUAUUUAAAGCAGUGGUUCUUAACCUUGUUGGAGGUACCGAACCCCACCAGUUUCAUAUGCGCAUUCACCGAACCCUUCUUUAGUGAAAAAUAAAAUGUUUUUUUUUUUUCAAAUUCAAGACAAAGUUAUAUGUUUUUGGUAACACUUUAGUAUGGGGAACAUAUUCUAAGUAAGAAAGACUUAAUUUAGAGUUAUUUGGUUAGGGUUAGAGGGCCAGGGUUAGAGUUAGGGUUAUAAUAAGGCCAUGCCGAAUAAGGCAUUAAUAAGUACUUAAUAAUGACUAGUUAAGAGCCAAUAUGUUACUAAUUUGCAUGUUAAUAAACAACUAAUUAAUGGUGAAUAUGUUCCCCAUAUUAAAGUGUUACCAUGUUUUUUUUACUGGUGCACAAAAUGAAGCGUGCAUGAACAUCACCUUGUUCAAACAACAUAACCAACACAGUGCAUAAACUCACAACAAAUUACACACCUGCAAAUCAGUGUGACUUCUGCGGUUGCCGUAUCCGUAAUACGCCGAUAGGGAGAAGUUUUUAUUUACACGAUGAGUCGGGUGUGUUUUGACCUCCGCCGAACCCCUGAGGCCGACUCACCGAACCUCCUAGGGUUCGAUCGAACCCAGGUUAAGAACCACUGAUUUAAAGGCCAGAGUAUAUACGAAUGAGUUUUAAGAUGGGACUUAAAUGCUUCUACUCCUGUCGUGGCCUGAAUCUGCUGCGAAAAGAGCAUAUUAGAAGCACUCUGGAGCGAUGUGUUUCACUUGAGGGCAAACAAAAUCUGAUUUGGUGUGCAGUGUAAACGGGCCUAUAUGAACAUCCAGUUUGCUCUCCAGUCUUUUGAAGCUAGUAAUUAGUCUACUAAUAAUAAUUAGGCAUGUGAAUUAAAACAAUAGAAGUCCACACUUGUAUUCUCAAGUCCAAAUACACAAAUAGUUUUUCGGAUAUUUACAUUCCUAAAACAAACAAUAGGAUUACAAUAAAAGAUGUGAUAUAAGUGUAGAUGUUAAGCUUUACGGAAAAAUAUUAUUUUUACUAACAAAUGUAUCAUUUAACUUGGGAAUAAUUGUGAUUCUUUCUUUUAAAGGGAUCUGCACUUUUUGUGGAUUUGUGCCUAUCAUUCAAAAUCCUUUUGUGAGACAAGAACAUGUUUUUAUUUUAUUAUGCAUUAUUAAAAGUAAAUAAAUGCGAUCAAAAGUCUGCUUACAAUGCAGCCUAUGGGAGCCACUGUAUUCUGCCUGUAAAUCCCUUAAAAUAACAUCCAAACACCUCCAUUAAGGUUUUAUAUACAUGAUGUAAGUGUAUAUGUAAUGUGGUAACAGGCACAUUUAGAAUAUUUACGUAUUUUCAUAAUUUUAAGCAUAUGCAUGAAUUUAAAAAAUGAAUCACAAUGUUCACUUUUCCCCCAACAUCAUCACUGAUCACUACUCAGUACAGACUUUAACGGCCAACACAAAUACGGUAAUAAAACAUCACUUACUGUACAAUGUCUGCUGUCAUUAGGAUGCUGACUGAGAUCAUCUUAUUUUAUUCCCGUUUUGAUAGAGGAUGACUCAAAACGGAUGGAACCAAGCGUUUUUGCCAUAUCCAGGUUUAAAUUGGCUGUCAAAAUGUACCGACUUGUCGGAAUACGCCAAAGGAAGCAGCUCACCAGUCAAUGAAGUCAACAUAGGCACAAACACUACACGGAUCCUCUAUAAAUAGUUCGCCUGUGUUAGCGCUUGUAAUAACGAUAUCACAAAUACUUGGUUAAUAUUCAAGUGACGAAAUGUAAAUGGAGUAUUGUUGGUGCUUUUUACACUUUUCUUUAAUUGGGUUUAAUGGGCGGGAAAGAGGAUUGGCUCCGUUGUAAUCAUACUUUUAUUUACAAAUUAGAAUGCAUUAAAAAAAAAAUACAUCCACCAUAAUGUUUCUCAUUAUGCUUGUGAACAAUAGGCAAUUGAUUGAAUUGAUUAACGUAAACAAGUUGAAAAACUUAUUGGGGUGUUACCAUUUAGUGGUCAAUUGUACGGAAUAUGUACUGUACUGUGCAAUCUACUAAAAAAAGUCUCAAUCAAUCAAUCAAAACUCCAAACAAGUGCAGUUCCCCUUUAAGUACGGUAAAUACAGUACUUUCCAUAGAAUACUGCAAUUCAAAUGAUCGUUCAAAAUGAUACAGAAUGUUUAUCAGUCAAUAAAGUGUUCAUUAUUUAUUGUGUUUUAGUUGGAGUAUUUCAUUUCUAUUAUGACAUGUGUUGGUUGGUUUGGUUAUCAUUAGUAACUGUGAUUAGUCAUUCUAUGACUGGAAGAGCACAUGCAGGGAGGGAGUAGUGUAGCUACAGUUAUUAGGGCCCGCAAUGGGACAUAAGGACCUAUUGUUAUUCUAAGGUUUUAUUAUUCUUUAUUUUUCUUCCGCCGCCUCUUCGAGCACUAAUUUGACCCACUUAACAUGCUUCAAAACUCACAAUAUUUGACCCACACAUCAGGACCUGCGAAAAUUGUCUUUUAAUAAAAAAACCAAACUGCAAAAAUCAAAAUUGCGCUCUAGCGCCCCCUAGGAAAAAACAAAACUAGACUGCCUGUAACUCCCACUAGGAAGGUCGGAAAGACAUGAAACAAAAUCCUCUAUGUAGGUCUGACUCAGACCUAACUUUCAUAAUGGUACAUUCUCGGGCUAAAAUCAACAGGAAGUUGGCAAUUCCCCCUUCAAGACAAAAAAGUACUAAAAACAGUCACUUUUGCCUCUUUGAGCUGUAAUUUGACCCCCUUAACAUGCUUCAAAACUCACCAAACUGAACGCACACAUCAGGACUGGCAACAAUUGUGAUCUAAUAAAAAAACCUAACCCCUAAUCUAAAAAUUGUGCUCUACAGCAAUUUUUUAAUAAAACGCACAAAAAACUACUCCUCGGAUGAAAAAAAUGACACAACUGCCUGUAACUCCCACUGGGAAGGUCGGAGAGACAUGAAACAAAAACCUCAAUGUAGGUCUCACUUAGAUCUACAUUUCAUAAAUUGACAACCUCCAGCAAAAAUCUACAGGAAGUUUGCUAUUCC